GAUACCUCAAGAAACUUUCUAGUAGCAGACGACGCAGAUGAAACAUGAAAAUUCCUCUUCCAAACCGUUAUUUGAAGAACCUUAAGAGCCAACCCUUGCCAGAAAUUACUCCAGACGACGUUGAUAUUGUUAUAGAGAGAGCAGAGGAAGACGCCCGUAAACGAAGGAAGGAUGGAAUAUUAGCAAAUUUGGACCAGCAGACAUUAAAUAACGUUGUAAAUCAGGGAUUUAAAACUCCCAAUGUGUUGCCUUGUCGCAAACCAGAGGUUACCUGUACCUCACCACGACUACCUAGACUUGUGAAUCUUAGUUUCAGUCAACCAUCAACACCCAAGACACCGGCGAUCUAUAGACAUUAUCAAACAGGAUAUGCUGCAACCCCGUGUUUACCACAAAACAUAACAGACAAGUAUUCUUUUCCAGAACUUACAUGUUAUAGUUUUCCUGGAGAUGGAUUUGUCAUCCCAACACCAAUGGUUCUCAGCGCCCUAGAUAGUCUACAUGCAGUUGGCCCCUUUGGCGAAAAUGUUCCUGACAUUUUGGAUUUUAUAGAUGAUGAUAGCCAUGAUAUGAGAGCUAUUGAUGAACAUAUUCGUCAACACGGCCGUGUUGAUUUGAAUGACAACAAUGUAGUGGAUUACCUGCUUGGAAUAACUGAAGAUACGAUAAAGCCUGAAGCAAAAGCUAUUGAAAGACCGCGCCAGCCACAAGUUUGGACCCAUGUUGAUGAUGAUCAACCUCUACGGAGAAUGACACGGCGGAGAUAUCUUCACUCAAAGGUCAUCACUGCCGAGGAGGAAAAGUCUCUCCGUAAACUGAAGAAGAAACGAGAUAAAGAACGCAGGAAGGAGAGAAAGGAUCUAUUCAAGAAGGAAACUAAAGGAACACGAAGGAGCAAUAGAAAGAGGAAGGCAGUCAAGUAUUCGUGAUUCUGAAGAUUUCAUCUCUUCCUGCAGGUUCAACAAUGGACUCACAUAUCGCGUUUGUUAUUAUGUAGAUAUCGUAUAUAAACAUAUUGUUACAGA